GAUAAUUUUACGUAAAUGAAACUGCAAAGCUAUUUCUUUAUAGGAUACCAUGGUAUCGAUGGAUAUUUGACAGUUCAAAGUCUGCAAUAUGAGAGUUCUAUAGCUAUUGCUUUUUCAAAAGCAGCUGCAGAACUUGGUUACAAAUAUCACGAUACUAAUGGUGCAAACCAGACAGGUUUCUCCAUUGUGCAAGGAACAACUAGAAAUGGAAGACGAUGCAGUACAUCAAAAGCAUUUUUGAUUCCAGCUGAAGAUAGACUAAAUCUGGACAUCGUCACGGAUGCUUUAGUCACCAAAAUUCUUAUAAACAAAGAUUUAGCAGCUUAUGGUGUAAAAGUUGAUAUUGGUGGGCAUGAAUAUGAAAUAUUUUCUGAAAAAGAAGUCAUUGUAAGUAGUGGUACGUACAAUUCUGCUCAACUUCUGAUGUUGUCUGGGAUAGGACCUAAGUAUCACUUGGAAAGACUUGGGAUACCAGUCAUUGCAGACCUUCCAGUCGGGGAAAAUUUACAGAACCAUAUUGGUGCAGGUGGAAUUUCAUUUGAAGCUUCAAAUGCACUAGACGAUUUUAAAGUAGUUUUUGGUGAUCCUAAGAGAGUAUCCAAUGAAUUCAACCAUUUAGGGAAAG